AUGAAAAUCUCUGACAUAAGUGCAUACAACAAAAACUUUGAGCUGACGUUCAUGGUGAUAAAAAGUUUGGGCCACAUAAAAACGAAAGAUAACGAUAUGGUUUACUCGUACCUAGUUGCUGAUGAUACAGGAUCUGUUGAAUAUUCGAUAUUCAACCAGUCAUUACACUUGGGAGACAUUAUCAUGGUAAAUUACGCCUAUGCUACUUUUUUCAAGGGUAGGUUAAGAGUGUACAACAGCGAGUUGACAGUUGCUAAGAGAAUUGGUGAAUUUUGCUUUAGUUUUAGGACAUCUCCCAAUAUUAGUGAGAAACAUAGAUCGGAAUAGAAAUUGCAGAUGUAUCAAACAAAUUCAGAGUUGUAACAGCAAUGUGCACAUUGUUACGGUUAUGAUACGUAAAGUUCGUGAUUUUACGGUGAAAGUGGCGGUAAAUAUAGUGUUUGUUUAUUUCUUGAACGG